AUGUCCCAAGAUCGCCCCGAUGCCGAGACACCGUCAGCGCCUGCGCCGUCGAAAGUCGAUUCUAAAACCAACAUCAGUCGUCGCAGCAAUGAUGCCGGUCUUUCCGCGCCGUUGGUCAAUCGCGUGAAGAACGUGGCCGCGGAUCUAUACCAGAAGACGGUUGUCGACCUUAUGAUGCGUCGCAAACAUAUCGCUGUGUCUACCGAUGGACGGCAUGUACCUCUCGAACUCGAGCACGAAGCGCCCCUCAUCGACUCCCGUCGCGGUCUUGCGUACGUCUCGAAUAGUAUCCGCACGUCCCGAUAUACAGUUUGGGACUUUAUACCCAAACAGCUCUUCUUCCAGUUCUCUCGUGUGGGAAACUUUUACUUCCUCUGCGUUGGUGUACCACAGAUGAUUCCAGGCCUCUCUACCACCGGAUCGUACACUACUAUUCUGCCACUUUUAUUCUUUGUGCUCUUGACAAUUGUGAAGGAGGGAUACGACGAUUACCGACGAUAUCGCCUUGAUAAGAUUGAGAAUGCCGGAUUUGCUACAGCGCUAGGACGGGAAGACAAAUAUACCGGAAAGCUCAAGCCAGUUACCAAAUGGAGGAAAUGGAAUCCAUUCUUGACAAACUCGAUGGCCGAGCCGUAUCCCGUUCCGGACGAGGAAUUCAAUGGACUACGUUGGGUGCCUGUGAGAUGGAGCGAGAUCAAAGUUGGAGAUGUUGUCAGACUCUGCCGAGACGAACCCAUCCCUGCCGACCUUAUCUUGCUGGAUAGUGAUGGAGAGAACAAGCUGGCGUAUAUCGAAACCAUGGCCCUGGACGGCGAGACCAACCUCAAGAGCAAACAGGUUUCGCCUUCUUUAGAAGGUUGUGACACGAUCGAGGGGAUUUCCAAGUGCAAGGCCGAGUUUGUUGUCGAGGAUCCAAACCCCGACCUUUACAACUUCGAUGGCCGUGUUACCGUCAACGGCAAGACAGUUGCCCUGACUUCGAAUGAAGUUAUCUACCGCGGAAGUGUCGUUCGAAACACCAACAUGGCAAUUGGCCUUGUCAUCAACACUGGAGAGGACUGCAAGAUUCGCAUGAAUGCCAACAAGCACCCGAAAGCGAAGAAACCAGCGUUAGAGAGCGUCGUAAACAAGAUUGUUGUUACUCUUGCUACCUUUGUCGUUGUCUUGUCUGUUGGUGUAUCGAUGGGCUACGUCAGGUGGCAGAAGAGCACAGAAAGGCAUUCAUGGUACUUGGAACAAGCCAAGGUGCCGUUUUACCAAAUCAUCAUCGCCUUCAUCAUCAUGUUCAACAACGUCGUCCCACUGGCCCUGUACAUCAGUCUUGAAAUCGUCAAGAUUGGUCAACUGCUUAUGUUGAACUCGGAUAUUGAAAUGUACGAUGAGGAGACAGACACGCCUGCACGCUGCAAUACCAACACGAUUUUGGAAAAUUUGGGUCAGGUGGGAUACAUCUUCUCAGAUAAGACUGGUACCUUGACGGACAACAUUAUGAAAUUUCGAAAGAUCAGUGUUGCUGGAACAGUCUGGCUGCAUGAAAUGGAUUUGGAGCCCAAGACUGAUGAAAUUGACGAUAUCAAACUGGACGAAGAGACAGAGCCCAGUGAGCCUUCGGUUUACAAGACUGAGCCUGUCACUGUCGUUAUUAGAGAGGAACAGCCUGAAGCGUCACAUGAACCCUUGACACCCCUGGCCCUCGCCUCCCCAUCCCGACCUUCUAUGUCACCUCGUCCAUCUAUGUCUCGACGUCCAUCCAUGGCACCCUCGAGACCUUCAAUGGCGCCUUCACGAUCAUCAUUUGGAAGCCGCAGAUCAUCGUCUCAAUGGCGGUCAACGGGACGUCCUGAUCACAUCCAGCCUGAUGUCACGACACAUGACCUUAUUGAAUACCUUCGUCUUCGGCCCAACUCCGGAUUCGCGAGAAAAGCAAAGCAGUACAUUCUGGCGGUAGCUCUGUGCCAUACUUGCUUGCCCGAACACAAGGAAAAUGGUGAAUUGGAGUUCCAAGCAGCAUCGCCUGAUGAACUUGCUCUUGUUAGAGCUGCCCAGGAACUAGGAUAUCUGGUUAUCAAUCGAACGACCCAGACUAUCACCUUACGGGUGACCCAACCUGACGGUCAAGAGGAGGACUCCAAAUAUGAGGUUCUGGAUGUUAUCGAAUUCACUAGUGCGCGAAAGAAGAUGUCAAUCAUUGUUCGCUUCCCUGACGGCCGUGUUUCAGUUAUCUGCAAAGGUGCAGAUUCUGCCAUCCUGCCUCGGCUCAAGAUGUCACAAGUCGCUAAGCAAAAGGCCAAUGAGGUACGCAGGAGUGCUGAUAUCGAGCGUGAGCUGCGCCGACGCAGUGAGCAGCAAGAGCCGCGAAACAGUUUUGGUGGAAGGCCUAGUCUUACGAUUCGACGGAACCCUGGCGUUUCUAGAGACCGAAGCACAAGCAGACGGCCGAAUAUGGACAGGAGCAAGUCUUUUGAAUUCGGCAGACUUACUCGACGCUCUGAAGAUAAGCCUCGCCUGUCUAUUGCGACUCGUGGCGUAUCGAUUGAUAUGCCUCGAGGCCAGUACUUGCAUACUCCUGUUCACUACCAACAGCCCGUACCUGACCACUUGGCUUUCCUCGAAGAUCCAGCUCUGCUUGAUGAUGCUGAGACCUUCACAAAGUGUUUUAAACAUAUGGAUGAUUUUGCCACCGAAGGUCUUCGUACUUUGCUCUUUGCUCAAAAGUUCAUUACAGAACAGGAGUAUCAGGUGUGGAAGAAGGUAUGGGAUGAAGCCUCUACCAGCCUCAACAAUCGACAGAAGCAUAUCGAAGAGGCCGGUGAUAUGAUUGAGCAGUCGUUCGAUCUAGUUGGCGCAACUGCUAUUGAGGAUAAACUACAGAAGGGUGUCCCGGAGACAAUUGAGAGGCUACGAAAAGCCAAUAUCAAGAUCUGGAUGCUUACAGGCGAUAAGCGGGAGACUGCUAUCAAUAUCGCACACUCGGCUCGAAUCUGCCGGCCUGGUUCGGAUCUUUAUAUCCUUGACGUUUCGAAGGGAGGGUUGGAUUCGCAGCUGGUCGCGCUACAAGACGAUCUUCAAGCUGGCUCGGUCCACAGUGUGGUGGUCAUUGAUGGACAAACACUUGCGACUGUUGAGAAGUCUCCUGAGCUAUCUGCCAAGUUCUUCAAGGUGAUGCUGCAGGUUGAUUCGGUUAUUUGUUGCCGUGCAUCUCCAGCGCAGAAAGCCCUACUUGUCACCACCGUCCGGUCUCGACUCAAGAAGUACCAUGGUAAGAGUCGACGGGGCCUGACUUUAGCUAUUGGAGACGGUGCGAAUGAUUUGGCCAUGAUCUCGGCUAGUCAUGUCGGUAUUGGUAUCUCUGGAAAGGAAGGUCUCCAGGCUGCUCGUGUGGCAGACUAUGCCAUUGCCCAGUUCAGAUUCUUGCAGCGGAUGCUGCUUGUGCACGGACGAUGGAACUAUGUCCGUACGGCAAAGUUCAUUCUUUACACGUUCUGGAAGGAAAUGUUCUUUUAUCUGCCAACGGCGCAGUAUCAGAGAUACACCGGCUACAGCGGCACGUCUCUGUACGAGGCGACAAGUUUGACUGUUUUCAACACGCUCUUUACUAGUCUGUGUGUUAUCUGUAUGGGCAUAUGGGAACAGGACCUCAGCGCCGAAACGUUAUUGGCUGUUCCCGAGCUUUACGUAUACGGACAACGAAAUCAGGGUCUCAACAUAUGGAAGUUUGGCCGAUGGAUGUUGCUUGGAGCCAUCGAGGGUGUGAUUUGUUGGUACGGUGUCUGGUCAGGCCAUGGAUGGAUUACGCCUGCAGCACGAGACCAGGGCUUGUAUGCUCUUGGAACGCUCACAUUCACAGUUGGAGUUCUGUGGAUCAACUGGAAGCUCUUUAUCUUCGAAACCCAUUAUAAAUCCAUCAUUGUCAUGAUAUCUUUCUUCAUAACUACAAUCGGCUGGUUCGCCUGGUUGUCCUUCCUGGACGCAGCCUAUGCACCCUCUCCAUCUGGACCAUACGCUAUCAGAGAUAGUUUUACUACAUUAUUCGGCGACGACGCAGUGUGGUGGGCAACCUUGUUUAUCGUGCUCGGCCUUAUCGGCCUCUUUGAGAUAGUGCUCAAGAGCAUCAAGCGCUCUCUUCUUAUGGCAGGACUCUGGGACUGGCCACCUUGGGGAAAGAGUCGACGCGGCGAGAACAUUGAAGAGUGGGAUGUUGAACUGUGGCAGGAGCUGGAGCAGGAUCCGGCUUUGAGGGAACGUCUCAAGAGACUUGCGCGGGAUGAGCAGGUGGAAGAGGAGGAGGAUGUUGAUUUGGCACAUAUCAGCAUUGAGGAAGGGAUUAGAGGUCGGUGA